AUGACUCAGGAGGCAGAUUCUUCUAGGGAUCCAACUGAUGUUGAGACGGUUAGUCGAGGACAGACCCAUCAGACUCCUAGAGAUCAGGGACGUCGGCCUCAGGAGAUCCCUUCAGUCAUACCAUCUGGUAGAAAUUGGGAAUUUCAGCCUCAGGGGAUUCCCUCCGGGAUACCAUCAGCAUUUCCUACUCCUGCUACUACUGAUUGGAUGAGGGACAGAGCUCGGAUAUCGUUGCUGGCGAGGUCCGUCAAGGACAGAUUUACCUUAUAUUUGGGCGGAGCAGAUCCUUGGGCUACCCGAAGUUGGUUGAAGAAUUUAGAGAGCACCUUUGGGUACCUGAGUUGCACGGACGAGGAGAAAGUGGAACUGGCAGCGUAUCAUCUCCGGGAUCAGGCAGUCACAUGGUGGGACAUGCAGAAGACGAUCUUUGGAGAGCAGCGCAUCACAUGGACGAUGUUUCGAGAUGCGUUUGAGCGGCAAUAUUUCCCAGCGACCUUCUGUCUAGCUCGACCCCAGGAAUUUUUGAAUCUCAAGCAAGGCGACCGGUCAGUGAUGGAGUACAAUGCUGAAUUCUGUAGGUUGGCAGAAUUUUGUCCUCACUUAGUGGCACAAGAUUAUGAUCGUAUGCAGCAGUUCACUCAGGGUCUUGCAGCAUACAUUCGGAUCCGGAUGUUAGGAUUUCCAGGUGGUUCCUAUCGGGAGGUUCUAGAUCGAGCACUAUUCAUAGAGAUGACUCAGCAGCAGGUAAAUCAGGAGAAAGGACAUGAAAAGCAGUCGUCGCAAAAGAGAGGGAAUAAAGGUCAGAAUUCUCGGGCUCCUUCGGGAGGAUCUUCUCGGCCUCAGAAGACUGGGCGAACAUCGGAUGGAGGUUCUCGUCCCCCUCAUCACGAUCAGAAGAACUUUGGUGGGACCAGGUGUUUUCAGUGUGGGUCCAAGAGUCACACCAGGAACAGCUGUCCGUUGGAUCAUGCUAUAUGUUUCUACUGUAAACUUCCGGGGCAUGAGAGUCGGGAUUGUACUCUGAAAGCACAGUUGGAGGCUCCUAAAGUUACAUCUCAGGGGGAAUCAUCCUCUCAGUCACGUUCACAGAGGAGAUCGCAGAAGACUCAUAAUGCCCCACGUCAGCAACGCCCACAGCCUUCUCAGGGACAGAUAUAUCAUGUGCAGGGUCAGGAACCAGUGACUACACAGUAUUCUGCCGCAGUGUCUUCUCAUCAGGCAUUUCCAGCACAGCAGGAUUUUCAUCCACAUCAGCCUUACUCAGCAUAUCAGCAGCAGCCUCAGUCUCAGUAUCAGCAGCCGGUUCCUGCACCUACGAUGCCAGCGCAGACCACUUCAGGGAUACCACAGCCGAGCUCAGAGGUGGGUCGUGUUUAUGCUGUUACACGGGAGGAGGCACAGCGAGCUGAGGGAUCGGUUUUCCGAGGUACUAUUUUAGUUUAUACAUUUACUGCAGAUUUAUUGAUAGAUACUGGUAGUUUCCAUUCAUUCAUAUCUCGAGUAUUUCUGGGUAAAAUCGGGAGAUUGCCUAGUCGUCGGACACACGGGCUGACAGUAUCUCUACCAUCUGGCGAGGUACUAAGUAUUAGUCUGGAAGUCGAAGGAUGUCCUUUAGACUUCAACGGUCAGACUAUUAUGGUGGAUCUGCAGGUGUUGGAGAUGGUGGAAUUUGACAUUAUAUUGGGCAUGGAUUGGCUGGCCAUGAACCAUGCCACAGUUGACUGCAGAGCGAGAGUAGUCACAUUCCGACCUCCCGGUCUACCAUCGUGGACAUUCAUCGGAACCGGCGGUGAUGGGAUAUCAGUUAUAUCAGCAAUGCAAGCGAGGAGAUUACUGUCGCAGGGUUGUCGGGGAUAUUUGCUGUCCAUGGUUAAAGCUGAUACGGAUGCAUUACCACGACUCUCGGAUGUCCCUAUUGUUCGAGAAUUUUUAGAUGUAUUCCCUGACGAACUCCCCGGGUUGCCUCCUAAAAGGCAAGUCGAGUUUACGAUUGAGUUGGUUCCGGGAACCGCACCGGUAUCCAAAGCCCCCUAUUGCAUGGCACCAAAGGAGUUAGAGGAGCUGAAGGUUCAGUUGCAGGAGCUGUUGGACAGAGGAUUUAUCUGUCCCAGUGUUUCUCCGUGGGGAGCACCAGUAUUAUUCGUUAAGAAGAAAGACGGAUCACUGAGAUUAUGUAUUGAUUACCGACAACUGAAUGCGGUCACUGUCAAGAACAAAUAUCCAUUGCCACGUAUAGAGGAUUUAUUUGAUCAGCUGAAGGAUACCUGUGUAUAUUCAAAAAUUGAUUUGCGCUCAGGCUAUCAUCAGCUCAGGGUUGGAGAUGCAGAUAUUCCGAAGAUAGCAUUUCGCACUCGUUAUGGUCAUUACGAGUUCUUAGUAAUGCCGUUUGGGCUUACCAAUGCCCCAGCAGUGUUCAUGGAUCUGAUGAACAGAGUAUUCCUCGAGUACUUGGAUCAGUUUGUUAUUGUGUUUAUCGACGAUAUUCUGAUAUAUUCCCGAUUUGAGGAGGAACACAGGCGACAUCUUCGCAUAGUUUUGGAGACGCUACGGCGAGAACACCUCUAUGCGAAGUUUAGUAAAUGCGCCUUUUGGCUACCUUCGGUGGGUUUCCUUGGACACGUUGUCUCCAGCAGAGGUAUAUCUGUAGAUCCACAGAAGAUUGAGGCCAUCACUAGUUGGGAGCAGCCGAAGACAGUACAGGAGAUUCGUAGCUUCUUGGGAUUAGCUGGGUAUUAUCGGAGAUUUGUUGAGGGCUUUUCCAGCAUAGCUUUGCCAUUGACACGAUUGACCCGGAAGGGAGAGAAGUUUAGCUGGACAGAAUCUUGUGAGCAGAGCUUCCAGGAGCUCAAGCGGAGGCUUGUUACUGCACCAAUGUUAGUACUUCCCUCUGGCAUGGAUGGAUUUGUACUUUUCAUGGAUGCAUCAUAUCAGGGAUUGGGUGCUGUACUUAUGCAGCGCGAUCGUGUGGUGUCAUAUGUCUCACGUCAGCUGAAAGAUCAUGAGAGGAAUUAUCCAGUUCAUGAUUUGGAGUUGGCAGCUAUCAUCUUCGCACUGAAGAUUUGGCGACAUCAUUUAUAUGGGAUCACCUUUGAGAUUUAUACAGAUCAUAAAAGUCUCAAAUAUUUGUCUACCCAGAAGGAACUGAAUUUGCAACAAAGAAUAUGGAUGGAAUUCUUGAAAGACUAUGACUGCACAAUUAACUAUCACUCGGGGAAAGCCAACGUGGUGGCUGAUGCUUUGAGCAGGAAAUCCCGUGGAGUUUUGGCAUGCCAUCGGGUGAUGGUUACAAAGUUGAUACAGAGCUUCUCUGAGUUGGGGUUGAUGGAGCAAGCACAGACAGAGCGAGGCUUGCUAGUCACCAUGGUUGCUCAAUCACCUAUAGUGGAGCGUAUAAAAGAGGCUCAGGCUACGGAUCAGCAUCUGCAGUUUUUACGUAGCAGAGUUACCUCGGGACAGCAGACAGAGUUUACCUGUGAUGAUAGUGGAAUUCUGUAUUUCCGCGGCAGAUUAUGUGUCCCUGAGUCACAUCCUGUUCAGGAGGACUUACUACGGGAAGCAUAUCGAUCUAGAUUUGCGAUUCAUCCAGGAGGUACUCGCAUGUACAGGGAUUUGAAACGAUCUUACUAG